AUGGAGUCUUUUGAAGGACCUAGUCGGAGUAGCAGGGCUAACUUUUUAGAAGUCCCCACGGUAAAUGAUUUCUCUUCAGAGGAUGAAGAUGUUAAACUUGACAUUAAGCUUCGUUUCUCUCCACUUCCCCGAAGGCGGAAUUCUGAUUCUUCAGAUGAAGAGGUGCCAGACACCCUCACCACCGGUUCAAGAAAAGUUUCAUUUGCUGAUGCAUUUGGGCUUGACCUUGUGUCCAUUAAAGAGUUUGAUACCUGGGAAGUUCCGAGUACAGGACAAAAUGAUGACAUAGAAAAUGAAGUUUUCCCUCAGGAGGAAUAUUUUUUCACUCAACUGUUUACGGUACCUGCUUCGCAAGAAGAACUUUUGCAAAAAGUGAGAGAGCAGAAAGUAGCAUUGGAAUCAGUUGUGCUCCUGCCGGGGAUUACCUGCAUGAACGGCAUUAUACGAGUCCUCAACGUGUCCUUCGAAAAAGUGGUGUAUGUUAGAAUGACACUGAAUAACUGGUUGAGUUAUUAUGAUAUCUUUGCAGACUUCAUGCCUAAUUCUUGUGGUAGUGAAACUGAUCAGUUCUGCUUCAAGAUUUCUUUAGUACCUCCUUACCAGAGAGAUGGAGCUAAGGUGGAUUUCUGUAUACGCUAUGAGACACCGGUCGGCACCUUCUGGGCAAACAAUGAUGACAAAAAUUACACACUGAUUUGUCACAAGAAAGAAACUGUGCCCAAGGUGGAAAAUAAACCACAGAAAGAGGUUGCUGAUAGACAUCUUAAAGGCUGCUUAAAGAUGACAAAAACCAGCAAAGAAGAAACAUCGACAACGUCUGAUGAUGACACAUGGAACAAUUCAAGGACUCCAGACACAAACAUCCCAGAGAUUGUUUAUUCAGAAGUAGAAGACAAAAGCAGCAAACCAGCUAAUGAAAAUAUGGAAGACAAAAAUACAGAAUAUAACCAGAGUGAUCAUGAAGAUGAUGAAAAAGAAUUAGCGUUACUGCUAAAUCAGCACUUCACGGGAGCUAGAGGUACCUCUUCCAGAGAUGAAAGUAAUUUAUGCACAACAGAACCAGUAAAUUUUCUAAGUGAAACUGAAAGACUGGAGAAAAAUCUAACCUGUAUAGAAAGAAGCAGUGCCUUGCACCCUGUGCCUAUCAGUUCCUCAUCUGAAAAUGUUUCACAAGAGCUAGGAGGAAAAUGUAAAGAUAAAGUUAAGUAUUCCUUAGGUGAUUAUAAUAAUCCACCAUCAGAGAAGAAACACACUGAUGGCUUGGUAAACAGUGAUGAGCAGUCUUUGGGAUGUACUGGUAUCAGUGAAAGCCUUUUAUCAGCAAAACCUUUUCCUGGGACAAAGCAAAAUGAGGCUAUUGAUAUUACGGCUACUGUCUCAAGUCGACAAGGAGAGAGCCACACAGAUAUUUCAAAAGGCGAUAGUGCCUCGGGAAGUAAGAUGACUGAGAGGUUAUUCAUCAGUAAGGAUACUGCUAAUAUCUCAAAGGAGGCCUGUGAAACACAACCAGAAACAAUUUCUCCAGACCAUGAUGAAUCUAUGCAAUUAAAUGCAUGCAUUGCAGGGACGCUGGAUGGCAAUGCUAAUCCAGCUCCAGAACACCAGGCACUGCAAACGUCUCACCAAACCUGGGAUUCAUUGUUGUCAGAUGCUGACAAAAAUGAAGGAAAAAUCAAGAUGAUUGAAAGUCAAGUUCAGAUACAUUUAAGAGGAGAUUUAUAUGCCGACACUUUCGCACACGCUGAUGUCUCAAUAGAUUCCACAAAAAGCCAAUAUACACCAAGAGAAGGAAUUGGUGAAGUGUCAGGAAAGAACUAUAACACUGAUGUAGAGAAGGAGAAGAAAGUCAUAGAAGUAGCAGACUUAGCACUAAUAGGUGAGGAGGAAGCACCCAAGUCUUUCAAGUCAUACAGAAAACACACCGCCAAAGUGUUGAACACAACACCUCUGUCAGCUGAAGACAACAAACAGACACCCAGGCCCGCAGACGCAGGUCCCCUGGCAUCCUCUCCAAGGGAUGAAAGGAUUGCUGAAGAUACUUUGGAACAGCGAGGAUUCAUGAGAUUAAAAGACAGAGCAAAGUCAGACAACACAAAUAAAGAGAGAUGGAUAGGAAAGGAAAGCGAAGCAAACCCCACACAGCAGAUGUGGCAAGAAAAGGGUAGUGAGGUUCGGUGGGGAGCUAGUGGGAGCACAGGGCCUUGGAGUACAGCUUCCACAGAGGAGUUAUUUACUUGCCAGGAGGCAGAGAGUUGUAAAAAGUCUUCUGUCUCUGAGCAGCGUAUUACAGAAAAAGCAGAGGCAGGUACAGCUUAUAUAAUUAAAACAACAUCAGAAAGUGCUCCAGAAAAAACGUCUGCCAGUGAAAAAGCAGUAAUUGCUAAGCUACCUCAAGAGACCGCACUAAGUGACAGGCCCACAGAGGAAAAGGAAACAGCGUUUGAUACACAUGAAGGGAGAAAUGAUGGUUCACAUUAUGCUCUUUGUCAACUCAACACAGUGGGUGUAUUAUAUGACACUGAAUUUGAAAAGGAAUCAGUUGUAGGUAUUUAUAAUGCAAGCAUACAUGAAACAUUGCAAAGAGGAGCAACGUCUGUAUGCAGUAGCUGGGAAAAAUGUGCCAGCACACAACCAGACAGUGGCAAUAUUCGGCCUGUAGGAGAAGAAGUAAAUGCAUCUGCUACAGGAAAGAAGGAAGCUUGGCAGCAGGGCUUAUGUUCAGAAGCAUCUAAAUGUCCCUUGAGCAGCCUACGCAAGGAGGAAGGAGAAAAGCUCUACAGGGAAGAAAGCCAUGUUGGUACACUUUCCUAUUUACAUGCUACAGCUGAAACAAAAAUGCCACAUUCUGGUACAAAUGCUGCGCCCAGUUACCACUAUAAAAGCUCUUCAGUGGCAUCUUCUGAAGAGUCCACCAUGGCAGGAGACAUAGAGCAUCUGUAUAGACAAUCUGAAUUCAAAGUCAUUGACAAGGUUGCUGCUGAGUCAGGGUAUGAUUUCAGUCUACCGAAUGAAACGACAUUUAUUAAUAAAAAUCUCUCUCCUGAAGCUGGAGAAAAAGAAAGACCUUCCACUUCAGACAGAGCAAUUUCUAGAGAAGGAAGAGGAAGGAAUGUGGGUCAAUGUUUCCAUCAAGCAGAGUUCAAACAAGAGGAGUCAACAAGCCCAGGGGCUUUAAUUAGUAAGCCUACUGAAGCAGUUGGAGGGACAGGCUCUCACGCUGACCAUUUAAUAACUGAGGGGAAAACACUAAACUGGCCUGACGAUUCACAGAAGGAAAGAUGGCACAUUUCUGAUCCUGCAGAUAUAUCUAACCACAAGAGCGAAACACUUAAGUUAUCUAGUGCAUCUCCAGGUUUAAAACAUAUUGCUUGCAAAGUCAUUUAUUUCUUCUUCUUUCUUCUAUUUGCUGCAACACUUUACCACUAUGAUUUGAUGUGUUGUCUUGCACUCUACCUGUUCUCCUUGUAUUGGCUAUACUAUGAAGGAGGAAGAAACAAGGAGUCUGUCAAGAAGGAAUAA